GGAGAAUCGUCAUUUUUUUACCGCUUUUCACCACUGAAAUGAUGAGUCAAAAACAGAUUGUGCAAGUUUUUGAGCAGUACCAGAAAGAGAGGAUGCAGUUUGUGCAAACUGUGGCUGAUCUGGCAAGCAGGCCCCAAAACAUAGAAACACUACAGCGUGCCGGUGUGAUGUCCUUGCUGCGCCCGCUGCUGUUGGAUGUCGUCCCGAGUAUCCAGCGGACAGCAGCUUUAGCUCUGGGCCGCAUGGCUGACCACAGCGAUGACCUGGCCGAGGCCGUGGUGAAGGCUGACAUCCUGCUCCAGCUGGUUGACUCGCUCAGCUCCCAGAACAGGUUCUAUAAGAAAGCAGCAGCGUUUGUCCUGCGAGCGGUGGCCAAACACUCUCCAGAACUGGCCCAGGCUGUGGUGGACAGCAGGGGAGUGGAUGCUCUGGUUCUCUGCCUAGAAGACUUUGACCCAGAGGUGAAGGAAGCAGCCGCCUGGGCCCUGGGCCAAGUGGUACGCCACAGUGCAUCAUUGUCGCAGUUGGUUGUGGAAGCGGGUGCCAUCCAUCUGCUGGUAAUGUGUCUCCAGGAACCUGAGAUGUCUGUCAAACGCAUCGCGGCCUCGGUUCUCAGUGACACCGCCAAGCACACACCAGAGCUGGCCCAGACCGUGGUGGACACUGGCGCCAUUGCCCAUCUGGCACAGAUGAUCCUCAACCCAGACAGCAAACUCAAGAGGCAGGUUUUCUCUGCUCUCAGUCAGAUCAGCAAACACUCCGUCAGUCUGGCAGAAAUGGUGGUAGAGGCCGAGGUCUUCCCUGCGGCAGUGGUGUGUCUCAGAGACCCCGACGAGUACGUGAGGAAGAAUGUCGCCACAUUGAUGAGGGAGAUUGUCAAACACACACCAGAGCUGUGUCAGGUGAUCGUGAGUUCCGGUGGAAUCGCAGCGGCCAUCGACUAUCUGGGCAACUGCAGCGGAAAUCUGCGCCUGCCAGCAAUCAUGAUGCUGGGAUAUGUGGCGGCUCACAGCGAGAACCUUGCCAUGGCUGUGAUUCUCUCCAAGGGGGUGCCCCAGCUGGCCUUGUGUCUGUCCGAAGAAUCUGAGGAUCACAUUAAGGCCGCCACAGUCUGGGCCAUUGGCCAGAUUGGGCAGCACUCACCUGAACAUGCCAAAGUUGUGGCCACGGCUGACCUGCUGACUAAGAUGCUGCAUCUCCACAUGGAUGCCAACAGCUCAGACGACCUGAAAGACAAAAGUAAGAAGGCUCUGAAGACCGUCCUCCAGAAGUGUACCUACCUGCCGGGUUUGGAGCCCCUCCUAUACGACGCUCCCAGCAACAUCCUCAAACACAUCAUUUGCCAGUACAGCAAGGUACUUCCUCACGACAGUAAAGCUCGCCGCCUCUUCAUCACCAGCGGGGGCCUGAAGAAAGUUCAAGAGAUUGAGGCUGAGCCUGGCUCAGACCUACAGGAACAUAUCAACGCCAUCAACAAGUGUUACCCAGAAGAGAUAGUCCGGUACUACACGCCUGGCUACUCGGAGGCCCUGCUGAAGCUGUCAGAGAACUACCAGCCGCAGUAACAACGGUUAGCCACA